AUGGACUCCCCAUACACACUGACUCGAGGUCCUGAUGCUGGCGAGGAGCAGCGCCUCCAUAAUCAGCAUUACAAUAUGUGGAUGCCAGUUGCCAAACAACUUUUGCCGCCUCACAUUUUUGGUGGCCUGGUGAAGCCUGACCAUCCUCCUGCUAUAGCUGAUCUUGCCACUGGCACUGACGGUUACGAUUACGACCCAUCGAAGUUUAUUGAAGCUUUCGAGCUACCUAAUAAUGUUCGACUUUUCCCCGGGGACAUACUUAAACCGUUUCCUGAGCAAUUGCGGGCGCAGUAUGAUGUGAUUCAUGUACGAAUGCUCAUACUUGGCCUCAAAGCGGACCAAUGGGCAGAAGCGGCUCAAAAUAUCAAGAUGCUGCUGCGACUAGGAGGUUGGCUAGUGUGGGAGGACUAUGGACACUCAGGAAUUACAUGUGUGCCCGUGACAAAGGAAUUUGCGCUGUGGAGCAACGCUGAAGUGCAGUACGCCCGCUCUGUUGGCAGAGAUAUUACAGCCCCAAUGCGACUUCUGAGCCAAAUUCAAGAAUCUGGAUAUGUCAAUUGUCAUGAGAGCAUCUAUCAUAGCUUUGGUUUGCCGGAAAAUCUUCGUAAAACCACUGGACGACUUUUCAUGGCCGCUGCACGCCAAAUUUUAAAAGGCACACUUGAUAAGACUGAAUCGACAAUUGUUAAAUCUCAUGAUGAGGUAGAUGGGAUAGUUGACAAGGUCAAAUAG